CCACGCCUCAGCCUGAGCGCGUUACCAGGAGCUGCAGGACACAUGCAGCAGCUACCCGGGGUCCGUGUUCUCUCACUCAUCUCCCCUGUGGACUGCUGACACUGAAAGGUGACUUUCCACCCUGGUUGGGGAGGUACUUUUCUGCAGCCGUUAACUCAAUCCUUGUACUGCAGACCUUUAAAUAUCCCCCUUGAAAACCUCCAAGCAACCACGUGGUGUAAGCCUAUCCUGAGCACCUUGCAGUGAAUGGAGAACAUACUGGUUCUGCUCCCGAAGCACCGACAGGAACACAGGCUCUGCAGACGCUCAGCUGCAUGUGCCUUGCUGCAGGUUUUUUCUCACAGAGCAGGUUUCUCCUUGUCUUCAAUAGCGACAUUCACUUCCUGUAAACCUCUUUAAUGGGAUAAAUCAAGUGGACUGAUCAGGUUCAAUACCAGAUCAGGUAGACAAUUCUAUUUUGACCUUGCCAAAACAGUUAGGCCAAGGCACGCUGAGCUUUCUUUGUCAAGCCCACUGUCUUCCAAAGGCUUCCGCAUGGUACUUUGGUUGAAAGAACAAGAAAAACUCCCCGACAUCGACAUGUCCUCCGGGGCCAAUGAGGUGAAGAAGGAGGGAGGCCCCCUGACACCGGCCUUCCUCAAUUCCAACUGCUCUGUCCAGCCGGUAAUCCUCACUCAGGGCUCUGAGGAGGUGAGCCCAGGAACCGGGGCUGAGUUUGAGCUCACAGAGGUCACAUCUUACCCAGAGAGGGCCGGUGAGACCGGGGAGGGUGAGGAGAGGUCAGAGAUUGUGGUGGCGCUGGACUGCCGAGCCAACGCAAAAGGUCAACGGGAAGAGGACGCUCUCCUGGAGAACGCAAGCCAUAGCAACGAAAGCGACGACACCAGCACCGACCAGAGCCCGGAACCACCGGUGCCACUCAAGGAGACCUCCUUCACCAUCGGCCUACAGGUGGUUUUCCCUUUCCUGCUGGCCGGGUUCGGGACAGUGGCAGCAGGAAUGGUGCUUGACAUCGUCCAGCACUGGACAGUGUUUACGGAGGUGUCGGAGGUGUUCAUCCUGGUACCAGCGCUGCUGGGGCUCAAAGGCAACCUAGAGAUGACACUGGCCUCCAGACUUUCCACAGCGGCUAAUAUUGGUCAGAUGGACACAACCAAGGACAUGUGGAAGAUGAUCAUUGGGAACUUGGCCCUCAUUCAGGUCCAGGCCACAGUGGUGGGGUUCCUGGCCUCCAUAGCUGCUGUGAUCUUCGGCUGGAUCCCAGAGGGACACUUCAGGCUGGGCCACGCAGUGCUGCUGUGUGCAUCCAGCGUGGCCACUGCAUUCAUAGCCUCUCUGCUGCUGGGGCUCAUCAUGAUCGGUGUGAUCAUAGCAUCCAGGAAGGUGGGCAUCAACCCUGACAAUGUGGCCACACCAAUAGCUGCAAGCCUGGGAGACCUGAUCACCCUGUCCCUGCUGGCAGGCAUCUCAACAGGACUGUACAAGGAGCUAGAUUACAAUGACUAUGCCAGCCCGCUGGUGUGUGCGGUGUUUGUGGCCUUGUGCCCCCUGUGGGUGCUGAUAGCCAGGAAGAUCCCUUCCACAAGAGAGGUCCUCUACUCUGGAUGGGAGCCGGUUAUCAUCGCCAUGGCUAUCAGCAGUGUCGGUGGUCUGAUCCUCGACAAGACCGUCACCGACCCAAACUUUGCUGGCAUGGCUGUCUUCACCCCGGUCAUCAACGGUGUGGGAGGAAACCUUGUGGCAGUUCAGGCCAGUCGUAUCUCCACCUAUCUUCACAUGAACGGUCUACCCAUGGGGGAUCCCAACCUCGCCCCCAGGAAGUGCCCCACACCCUGCACCUCUUUCUUAGGCUCCACUGUGAACUCUCGUUCGGCCCGUGUGCUCUUCCUCCUGGUUGCUCCGGGUCACCUCGUCUUCCUUUACACCAUCAACUACCUUAGGGGUGGACACACCACCCUGACGCCAGUCUUCGUCACCAUCUACAUGACUGCUGCACUACUUCAGGUGAUUAUCCUCCUCUACCUGGCAGACUGGAUGGUCCACUGGAUGUGGGGUCGAGGCAUGGACCCCGACAACUUCUCCAUCCCCUACCUGACUGCCCUGGGUGACCUGCUGGGAACCGGCUUCCUCGCCCUCUGCUUCCACAUAUGCUGGUUCAUCGGGGACAGAGAAAAUAAUGCGGGCAACUAAAUGCAUGCACAGACACACGCACAAAAACAAAACUGUACACUUGCACACAUGGACAGUGACGACCCUCACCCAUUAUCUGAAACUGGAAGAUGUCUACAUUUAAGGGCUAAUCUCUUGUAGGGCUCUCGUUGAGGGUAUAGAGCAGUAGGGCAGCGUUUCACCUUCAGGAUUUCAGGAUGCUGAUGCAUCACAGCUGCUGCCAAGAAUCCAGUCAGAGUCUUUGUUUCACUGCAGAAACACUGGAAACACACACAUCCCCUUGUCAACCACCCAACAUACCUGCAACUGAUGGAUCCAACCCCACAAACUCCAGCUCUCCUCUUCUGCUUAACUUAAUAACUUAGUCCUACUACUUUUGUUAUUAUCACUCUAUUGACAAUGAUUAUGAUUGUUGGUGAAUAAUGUAUUUGAUAUGAAUCGGUACCUGUUCUAUUUGGAUGGCCAGUCCUCAUUAUUUUCAAUGGGGACUUUAAGCCCUAGGUUUUUUGAAGAUCAACUUUCAACACUUGAAACCGAGACGACAAAGAAAGCAAAAAAAACGCAUUCAAAACAGCCUAGAAUGCUUAAUCACCAAGUGCUUUGCCAUAUAUACAGUAAGAAUAUUACAUGAAAUCUAAUGUGUUUAGUUUUUAAUUUAAUAGAACACACGAGGCUCUCUCUGUUUUACUUUUGCCUUGUGACUACAGGAAACAGGCUUGGGGAGGGUUUACUACAUGGGACUGGAUCACAAACGUAACCAGAUAAAGCACUUUUUCUUUGAAUAGUUCAAUUUGAAUCAGGGCAGGGACUCAAGGUUGAUAUUUCUUAGGUUAUUCCUGCACAAGAAAGGACUUGAGAACUGGGAAUCAGACCUGGAAUCAGAUUCACUGCCUUAAAAAAUGCUAAAGUCAGCCUGCUACAGGAACAGACUCACCUCCACCUCUCAAUUGAAAUGUUCACACCAAUGAUAGUUGUGUGUUCAUUCACACAAUAAUCUGUGUCUUUUACAUUUCUACCAAUUUUGCUAAAUACUACAGUUGUGAAAUGUCCUACGGCAGAAACUUUCAUUAAAAGACAAACAAACACAAAACUGUGGAAAGUAUUGUGUGGAAAAUGCAGACAACUGUUUGUAAGGAAGAAAAAAUGCACACACGUCAAGUGUUUGUCGCAGCUCACUUUGAUUACUUUUGUUACCGAUCGGUUUGACCUAAUUGGAUGAGAGUAGCACCAGUCCCCCCCGUAUGAAACCAUCUGCCAACUCUCUACUUGUGCAGGCUUCUUGUUGUUGUUGUGUUGCCCAAGCCAGGCUUACUGUAUGUGACAAGAGGCUCAACAUGCUGCAAUGGACUGGAACAAACCUACAGAGCUUUCCCAGCUGGUACAGAGGGUGAAAGUGAGUUUAUUUGCCUUAGCGUGCUCAGGGGAAGUGCUCAGUUGGGUUCAGCUGGCACAGUCUGACUGAGGUUCUGGUUGCUGAUGAUUUGAGAAAUGUAGGUAUUUGAUUUAGAUUCCUAAAAAACAUUUAGGCCAUGCUGGACCACAUGAUUGUUCAAGUGAAAGAAGGGCUGAUUAUGUUCUGUGAGGCUGGUCAACAGGUCCCAUCGUCAGAUUAGGAUGUUGGUUUUAUUGGUUUUUAUUUUGUUGCUUUUAGAUUCAGAUUCACUUAAAGAUCAGGGUAGUGCUUAAAGCUGUCUGAGGACCCAGUCACACAAAAUGUAGCUGCUCUAGAGUGUAACGAUGACUGCCUGCUCUGCUUCCAGAAGUAGAGUUUCCAUUCCUUUUGAGUGAAGGAACUAUGCAUCCCAUAAACCCCUGCAAAUGAUUAUUUUACAUCAACUUCCAGUGCGCUCCCGUUUGAAUCAAACCAUGGUGAAGCAAAUAUUUCACAUUGAAUUGAGUUGAAAGUCCUGCGAGUGUAGGGAGUGAAAGGAAUCUAAAAUGGAGGGAGCUAUCAUAUUAGUAAUAGACAAUAAUGAAACAGGAUUUCCAUCUUAUAAAAAAACUGUUAAUUUGUUAACCCAUUAGUGAUUAUUGAAGCCAGCAAGGUUUCUGUCAGUUGGCAAGUUGUGUUAGCUUGUGUUAGCUGAUUUACAAUAUGGACAAUAAAACACCAGGGCUUAGUAAAAGCCGCAGCACAUAGAAAAUCUGAACUAGCAGAGCUACUGUGUGUUGCAUCAAUUGUUUGAUCACAGCUUGUGCAUCAACAAGGAAUUUAUUGAAUUUUGGCACCAUCCUAUAGGAAUCUGAGGCUAGCUAGGAUAUUAGCUGUGUUACACCAUUAGUCAGACAUUCAUGUUGCAAAGAUAUUUCUUCCCUAAUUGUCUGAUGUCUAUAUUCAGACAUACAAAUACAUUUGUCUCUGGAAGUGUCUGGUGUGACUGGGUCCUUAAAGUUGUAGAAAACUUCUUAUUAUACAUAAAAUAAUGAAAUAACUACACUCACACUCACAUAAACGUCCACCAGACUCAGCUGACCUGAGCUGACUCUUUCUCUGAGGGCUUACAUGUGAGGAGGGGAACGGCAAAGGAAGCUGUGAGUACAGACUGUACAGAGCACAGACGUUAACCCAGAGGUGAAGCCCAGUGUCUUAGGAGAAACCUGCAUGUGAUGCUUGACUUAUCCAGCGUCGCCUCUGUGCUGUUUCAAUGGGGCCAGCAGAAUGCAUGUGCAGGGCACAUAGGAUGUGCAAAAUGUGAUUUUUAUAAUCUGUCAUAAAUCUUUUGUUUUGGUAAGAUUAUUUUUUGUAUGUGUCAAUGAUGUUACAGUUGUGAUUUGUUUCUUUUUAUUCCUUCCCCUAAUCUUUUUAACUACUGAUGAUUCUUGUUUUGUGUUAUGAAUUUCCCCACGAGAAAAACAACCACUGUAAAGAUGAAGCAACUUCUCUGACACUGGUCAAACACAGAAGUACUGUAAUCUGCAAAAUGGACACCAGAGGGCACCACAGGGAUUCUCUCAACUGCCCAACUUCUCUGUGCAGCUCUGUGUCCCCUGGAUUCCAACCCACUCGCGUCCACCCUGAGUCACAUUUGCCUUUUUUCGACAUUUACCAUGUUGAAAAAGUUGCGUCCUUCGAUCCGUCAUCUUUCAGUCUGUAUACUCCACUCUCUUACUGACCAGGUGCCAGCAUUCUGCCUCUAUGUCAAUGGAAAGUUGUGAAUACUUCUAUAAGGAGGGCAAGUAAUGCUUUGUCUAUUUAUUUUUAGAAGCACACAAAGCAAAUUGUACAUACUAUAUUUAUUCUAUAUAUAAGGUUGUUUAUUUUGUAAUUUCGUUUUGGCUCAGUUUCUUUAUAAUCAUGUUAUUGUAAUUUUCUCUUCUCUUUAAUGUGUUCUAUUUUUCUUUGCAAAGGCCAGUAGUGCUUUUUGGCGCUUGCCGGUGAUGCUAAUGAAUAGCAAAGUGCCUAAUACCACACACUUCACACACGCACGCACACACACACACACACACACACACACACACACACACACACACACACACACACACACACACACACACACACAUGCAGGUAUUAUAAGACAUAGAAAAGCCUUAACCUAUCAGAGCCAAGCUCGAGUCAGAGUAACCAAUCAGGAGCUAGGUGUCCCACUGAGUAGCAACUCUUUGAUUAGUUUCGAUUAAUAAAAGAUUUAUUUUAUGUUGAUUAUGAUAUGUAAUGUAAUAAAGAUUGUAAGGGCGGGCAGCGUCAGUUGCAAGCUUUUGUUCACGUGAAUCCGCAAAAAUCAGGAUGAGCUGAAUGGAAAACCAGCAGGUUUGAUUUACAGGGCUCAUGAAAGGUCUGAAAUCAGAUUACCAGUAGAAGUAAUAUAUCAACCUACAAACAAUACAAGUGCAAAAAAUGAUGUUUCCUCUGCUAUAUAACACACGUAGCCUUUAAAACCCUUCAUCCAACUACUGCCUUGUUAACCUCAGUGCUUCAAACCCUUGAGCCCCUGAACUCACAGGGAACCAUGCUGAUCCUCAGGCUGCCAACAUCCACAUCAAGAUCGAGACUUUGAUUCAGACUCGAAAUGUCCACCUGUCCCAGCCAGCAAUGUUUCCUAUAAGAAAGAAACCGCUGUAGAAACAUGUACAGUCUUACUUGGGCUGAGGUCGUUAUGUUCUCUGUGUGUUCUUCUUGUAAAAGCCCUCCCUCUGUGAGGCAGGAGGAAGGCUUUCUCCCUGCAGGACUUUGUAAAUUGCUGGAAAUA